AUGCAGGUUCUCCUCUCCGGUGCCCUUGUGGCCCUUGCCAGCAUAGCACAGGCACAGGUAGCAGGCUAUGGACAGUGUGGAGGAAGUGGUUACUCGGGAAGUACUACCUGUGCUUCAGGAUAUGCAUGUGUUUCGCAGAAUGCUUUCUACUACCAAUGUCUUCCCGGUACAACAGCUGGAGGGGCUACUACCACAACGACAGCGACCACCACCAAGGCGACAACCACAGCUGCCGCUACGACGCUGACGACAACUACAAAGACCACAGCCCAGGCGGCUUCCUCCACUUCAAACGCGGCAGUUUGCACGGGGAGUUUUAGUGCAAUUAGUGCCUCGAAGUUUGUUUCAUCCCUGCACCCUGGCUGGAACCUGGGGAACACUCUUGAUGCUGUUCCUGAUGAGGGAUCCUGGAACAAUGUUCCAGUGGUAGCAUCCACAUUUGAUACUGUCAAAGCUGCUGGCUUUAAGAGUGUCCGACUCCCAGUUACCUGGGCCUAUCACUUCACGGGCAGCUCCCCAGACUGGACAGUUGAUCCGGCAUGGCUCCAGCGAGUCUCGGAUGUUGUUGAUCAAAUUGUGGCCCGUGGUCUUUACGUUGUUGUUGAUGUGCAUCAUGACUCCUGGGUUUGGGCGGAUGUCACCCAAUCAGGGGCUGAUUUGGCCAUGAUCGAAGAAAAGUUCUACAGGCUUUGGUACCAAAUCGGAACCAAAUUGGCUUGCAAAUCUAGCCUUGUUGCGUUCGAGCCCAUCAAUGAGCCCCCAUGCAACACUGCGACUGAUGCUGCUGAAAUCAACAAGUUGAAUAAGAUAUUCUUGCAGGCUAUCAAUGAUGCUGGUGGCUUCAACUCACAGAGAGUUGUGACCUUGGUUGGAGGUGGCCAGGACAGCAUCAAAACUUCACAAUGGUUUGUUGCGCCUUCUGGCUUCUCCAACCCAUACGCUAUUCAGUUCCACUAUUACAGCCCCUAUGAUUUCAUCUUCAGUGCUUGGGGUAAAACGAUCUGGGGAUCGGAUGCCGACAAGGCCACCAUCAAAUCCGACUUCCAGCUGAUCCGCAACAAUUUCACCGACGUGCCACUUCUCUUGGGUGAAUAUGAUGCUUCACCCACCAAUACCGAGCCUGCUGCUCGUUGGAAGUAUGUAGACUUCUUAAUCAAGACUGCAGCUAGCCUUGAUAUCUCCUGCAUUCUAUGGGAUAACGGUUUGGACCAUUUGGAUCGAACUGCUGGUACUUGGCGUGAUACCAAUUCACUGUCAAUGAUCACAAAGUCUACCGCGUCUACUGCAAACAGCUUGCCGGACAGCACAGAGGAUGGUUCAUUGACCAGUCAAUCAUCCUCGGCAUAUAUCUUCCACCAGUAUGGAACAGCAGUCACCGCACAGACUCUUCCAUUCAUCUUCAACGGAAACACCCUCUCGUCAAUCAGUGAUUCCACUGGUGCUUCUUUGACAUCUGGAACGGACUACUCGGUCUCAGGUGCGAAUAUUGUCUUCACGGCUUCCUACUUAUCAAAGCAUCUCUCCUCUACCACGGCACCGGGAGUUGUGGCUACUUUGACCCUGAAGUUCUCAGGAGGCAAUUCGUCACCAACCAUCCAGAUUGUGCAGUGGAAGACUCCGACCUUGUCUUCUACAUCUGCAGUUGCCUCGUCUGUAUCCGGCUCAGAUCUCUCCAUCCCAAUCACUUGGGGAGGCCUCAAGACGAUUGCCGCAGUCAAGGCUUUGACCAAGAGUGGAACCUAUCUCGUUGAUGACUGGACCACUUACUUGGGUCCUCUUCAGCAGGCAAGGGCUACAUACAGCAGUCAAUACAACUGGGAUACCUCGAAUGUGAUCCUCACAUCUUCGGCGAUCAGCUCCGUGAUUUCUGCGGGUCAAUCGACCGUGUUCACAUUCGAAUUCUUCCCUCGGGAUAAUGGCGCUGUCAAUGCUGUCAAUUUCACUUUAACGGUUUAA